AUGGAACGUCUUGUUCUUGUUGUGCUGGUCACCAUGGCCACCAUAGCUCAUGUACAGUCAUUUGACAUCAACACAGAGUGGCUGUUUUUUAAAAGAAACUACAGCAAGAAAUAUGUCGGAGAUGAAGACAUGAAAAGGCGGUUGAUUUGGGAGAGCAACAUGAAGGUGAUUGAGAGACACAACUUGGAGGCAGAUAGGGGAGAGCACUCGUACUGGCUAGGGAUGAACGAGUACGGCGAUAUGACUUCUGAAGAGUUUGUGAGCCAGAUGAAUGGUUUUCGAAUAACCAACGAAACCAAGGUAACACCGUCUGAAGUGUUCACGCCCCCUGGUGGCCCACUGCCAGAACAUGUCGAUUGGAGAGAAAAGGGUUAUGUAACUCGGGUCAAAAGCCAGGGACAAUGCGGGUCGUGUUGGGCUUUCUCCGCAACUGGUUCUCUGGAAGGCCAACAUUUUAAGAAAACCGGGAACCUGGUGUCCCUUUCCGAACAAAACUUGGUUGAUUGUUCCACGGAAGGCAAUGAGGGUUGCGAAGGUGGUGCAUUUAUUCUAGCAUUUGAAUACAUUGCGAAAAACAAUGGAAUUGACAAGGAGGCAUCAUACCCAUAUGAGGCUAAACAGGCAAAGUGUCGCUUCAGCCGUGCCAAUGUUGGCGCCACCACCAAAGGACCUGUCCUCCUUAAAUCAUACGAAUAUGCGCUUCAAGGGGCUGUCGCCACUGUGGGUCCAGUUUCCGUGGGCAUCGACUCAAGUCACCUUUCCUUCCGGCUGUACAAGAGAGGGGUGUAUGACGAGAAGCAAUGUAGUGAGACAAUGAUAAACCACGCAGUGCUGGCUGUGGGAUAUGGAAUUGAAAAGGGGUUGUUGGGUAAAGGAAAAGAGUACUGGCUGGUGAAAAACAGUUGGGGAGAAAGAUGGGGUAUGAAGGGAUACAUCAAGAUGUCACGUAAUCGGAACAACCAGUGUGGAAUCGCCACACAAGCCAGCUUUCCAAAGGUUUGAAAUGACAGGACGCCAGGACUCAAACAGGAUGACAGCCAAUGGAAAACUGGAACGUCAUAACGAAAGGGAUCAUGGGCUGAAAAGUGCUCAAAAUUGUUAAGGUUGACUAUUCCUUGUUAGAAACAUAAGUAUCCUUCAUAUGAAUAUGUAAAUUGAACUGAUUUAAUGUAAUGCUUACUCUAGAUCAACUGUCUGUAAAAUUUUACUGACGUAGA